GCUGUGCACUUCAUAAACUGUUCACAAUAAUUUUCAGUCCAUGUUUGAGAGCCCGAUGUCUCUGCCUUUAUCUCGAGACUCACCCUAAGGUUCCCACUGGCGAGAACAAAACAUCCAAGAACUCUGUCCGAGAAGACUCUUGGAUCUGAAAUGGGCAGCAGACUGAUGUGGCUGCUGCUGCUGCUGUCAGUGGCGUUUACCGGCGGGCAGGACGCAGGCACCGGGGCCGCAAAGGAGGACCUCCCGGAGGGCGCAUCCACCCUGGCGUUCGUCUUUGAUGUGACCGGCUCCAUGUACGACGACUUGGUCCAGGUUAUCGAGGGGGCGUCCAAGAUCCUGGAGACAUCCCUGAGCAGACCCAACAGGCCUUUGUAUAACUUUGCCCUGGUGCCCUUCCAUGACCCAGAGAUUGGACCCGUAACAAUCACAACAGACCCAAAGAAGUUCCAGUACGAGCUGAGAGAGCUGUACGUUCAGGGAGGUGGGGACUGUCCAGAGAUGAGCAUUGGUGCCAUUAAGAUUGCCUUGGAGAUCUCCUUGCCGGGAUCCUUUAUUUACGUCUUCACAGAUGCCCGGUCUAAAGAUUACAAGCUGACCCAUGAAGUUCUGCAGCUCAUUCAACAGAAACAGUCACAGGUGGUGUUUGUGCUGACGGGGGACUGUGAUGAUAGAACUCACAUCGGCUACAAGGCGUACGAGGAGAUUGCCUCCACGAGCUCUGGGCAGGUAUUCCAUCUAGACAAGAAGCAGGUCAACGAGGUUCUUAAAUGGGUAGAGGAGGCGGUGCAGUCUUCAAAGGUCCACCUGCUGUCCACCGAUCAUUUCAGCGGGGUCAGCAACACCUGGCAGAUACCCUUCGAUCCCAGCCUCAAGGAAGUCACCGUGGCCCUGAGCGGCCCAGCGCCCAACAUCGAGAUAAAGAACCCCCAGGGGAAGCUGGUGGGGAAGAGUGACGGCCUGACUGAGCUCUUGCACAUUCCCAACUCCGCCAAAGUUGUCAACAUCAAGGACCCACAGCCUGGGAUGUGGUCUAUCAAGACCUCUAGUGAAGGAAGACACUCAGUCCGUAUCUCAGGACUCAGCACCAUUGACUUCCGAGCUGGGUUUUCCAGGAAACCCACCCUGGACUUCAAACAGACGUCCAGCAGGCCAGUCCAGGGUAUCCCCACACACAUCCUCCUGAACACCACUGGACUUUCUCCUCCUGCUCGGCCUGACAGGCUCGAGCUCCUCUCAAUCACCGGCGAAGUGGUCAAAACGUUGCCGAUCCGGUACUACCCUGAGCGCCUGCCGUACAGCCUCUGGAACAUCACUGAGUUCGUUCCGCCCAACGAGGCCUUCUUCCUGCGGGUUACAGGAUAUGACCGCGAUGGCUUCCUGUUCCAGAGAGUCUCCAGUGUUUCCUUCUCCAGCAUUAUACCCAGUGCUCCUACGGUGCUGAUGCCGCCCACAACUCAUGGUUACUACCUCCAGAGAGGGGCAGUGAAAUGCCAGGUAGAGAGCUUGAUCCCCUUCACGCUGCGCUUCAGCAGGGAUGGAAGGCGACUUGGGGUGGACCAGCUUUUCAGUGAGUCUGACAAUGCAUCAUGGGAAAUACCAGAGGUGACCCUGAAGGACGAGGGCUACUACGAGUGCAUCGCCAUCAACAGCGCUGGGACAGGACGAGCUCGCACCUUUUUAGAUGUAUCAGAGCCGCCUCCGGCCGUCACCGUCGAGGGCAACGUAACUGUUUCCCCCGGCUCCCCUGCCGUCCUCACCUGCCACGUCGUCAGCACCGUCAACUUCAACCUCACCUGGCUGAGGGGAGGCCACGACGCCCGCCUGGACCCGCGGGUCAACAUCCUGGCCGACCUCUCGCUGCAGGUGUCCGCCGUGACCCCCGAUCACGCAGGCUGGUACGAGUGCAUCGCCAUAAAUGAAGGAGGGGUGACUGCAGAGCGAAUCUACCUCACUGUGCAAGCGGUGCCCAGGGUGUCAGUGGAGCCACGAAAUCAGACCUUCAGCAAAGGAGAGGACGUGAGGAUCAGGUGCUCGGCCAGCGGCUAUCCUGCUCCCCGCCUGGUCUGGACCCACAACGACAUGUUCAUAAUGGCAUCCAGCAGACACAGAAUGACUCCUGAUGGCACUCUGGUGAUAAGAAACAUGGAGGAGAAGGAUGGAGGAGUGUACGGCUGCCUGGCCAGUAACCAGGCUGGGACGGACUCCAUGACCUCCAUCCUCACGUACAUCGAACCUCCUGUGGUGACUGUGGCUUUAAGUGAGAUUCUCAUUGGCACUGGAGAAACCACGGUGAUGGCCUGUUCAGCAUCUGGAGUCCCUCAGCCGGAGAUCUGGUGGUACAAAGGUGAUGUCCGGCUGCAUUCGUCGUCCCUCUUGGAGGUGGACCCACUGGGAGGGACACUGACCAUCAAGGAGACCCAGAAUGUUGACGCUGGAGAGUACACCUGUGUGGCCGUCAGCGCUGCUGGCACCUCGUCUGGAAAGAUCUCCCUCGAUGUAGGAGCUGCACCCAAGUUCACCCGAGAGCCGUCAGACGUGGAGGUGGACAUCGGCUUCAACGUGACCCUGCCGUGUCACGCCCAAGGUCACCCUGAACCUCAUGUAACCUGGAGAAGAGAGGACGGCGCCCCCCUUUUCAACCGGCCCCGCGUACAAGGCACUAUCUCACAGCGCAAAGGAGAUCUACAUAUCUACAACCUUUGGGUGGAAGAUGAAGCGGUGUAUAUCUGUGAGGCCCAAAACCACUUUGGCAGCAUCCAAACCCGGGCUAGAAUCACUGUGACAGGACUGGUGUCACCUGUCAUUGCGUUGAGUCCAGCUGUGCUCAGCGUGAUCGAGGACCAGCAGCUGACGCUGCCCUGUGUGCUGCUGGCUGGCAAUCCGCUGCCUGAGAGGCAGUGGCUGCACAACUAUGGCCUGGUGACAUCAGACCAGUACGUGACGGUGAGGCGGGACGGCAGUCUGCAUAUUGAGAGAGUUCGGUUGGAUGAUGCCGGCGACUACACCUGUUUGGCUGAGAAUGCCAUUGGAGCCACCAACCAGACAACCACCGUCAACGUAUACGUGAUCCCCACCAUUCAGUACGGCCCUCAAGUGUUCAGCACCAUCGAAGGAACGCCCAUCUCCCUGCCCUGCCGUGCCGCUGGAGUCCCAACACCUGACAUCACCUGGACCAAGGGUGGGGUGCUGCUUAACUUGGGUGGUCCAGCUUUUUCCUUGGAUUCAGAUGACAGCCUCCUCAUCACUUCCCCUUCUGGAAAUGAGACAGGAGAGUUCAUCUGCACAGCUACCAACGCCGCUGGCUUUGCCUCCAGGAAGGUCCAGCUCACCGUCUACGUCCGACCCAGGUCCAGUGCUGGUGGUGCCGGAGGCUCAGCGGAGCCGAUGAGGAUGUCGGUGAUUGCGGGUGAGGAUGCUGUUUUGCCUUGUGAUGUCCACAGCCUCCCACCUCCCACCAUCAGCUGGGCCAAAGAGAGGCAUCUCAUCUCUCCGUUCUCUCCCAGGCACACCCAGCUGCCCUCGGGCUCGAUGAAGAUCCUGGAGAGCAGAGUGUCAGACAGUGGCCUCUACGUGUGCGUCGCCUCCAAUAUCGCUGGAAAUCUAACACAAUCCAUUGAGCUGAGUGUUUUGGUGCCCCCAAGUAUUCAGGCUGGCCCCCGGGUCAUGAAGGUACAGGUGGGUAACCUGGUGGAGCUGCCCUGUGUGGUGAGAGGAGUCCCACAGCCGACACUCACCUGGACUAAGGAUGGUCAAAGGUACCCAGUGUCACCUGACGGCAGCCUGACGCUGAGAAACGUGGGCCUGGAUGACGAGGGAACCUACACCUGCACGGCCUCCAACACUGCAGGCAGAGACGAGGCUCGAAUCCAGCUUCUAGUUCAAGUGCCCCCUGUUGUCGAAGUCCUGGAGCCGCCCUUCAACAGUCCCCUGCAGGAGAGAGUUGCGAACCAGCGUAUUGCUUUUCCCUGCCCUGCCAAAGGUCUUCCUAAGCCGGUGAUUCGCUGGCUGCGUAACGGUCAGGAACUAACUGGUAAUGAGCCCGGUGUGUCCAUCCUGGAGGACGGUACGCUGCUGAUUCUGGCCUCUGUCUCGCCACUGGACAACGGAGAGUACGUGUGCGCUGCUGUCAAUGAUGCCGGAUCCACUGAGAGGAAGUACCAGCUCAAAGUCAACGUACCUCCAAAUUUCCGUGACAGCGAAACGCCAGGAAACGUGUCGGUGGUCCAGAGCCAGCCCACCAGCUUGGUGUGUGACAUCACAGGGAGUCCGACCCCUGUCAUCACCUGGUACAAGGACGGGACUCCUGUCGUAGCCAGUAGCGGCGUCCAGAUUCUGGAUAUGGGAAAAACUCUGAGGCUACUGAAGGCAGAAAUCGCAGACGGAGGCGGCUACAGCUGUAAAGCCAUCAACAUCGCAGGCAGCACGGAGAAAAACUUCUUCUUGGACGUGCUGGUCCCACCAACAAUCGUAGGGUCAGGCUCUCCUCAAGAUGUUUCAGCGAUUCUUAAGCAAGACAUCACUCUGGAGUGCAAAGUGGAAGGAAUUCCCCUUCCCACAAUCCAGUGGUACAAGGACAGGAAGCUGGUGUUUCUUGGCGAUCCCAAUCUGGAGGUCACCAACAGAGGUCAGGUUUUGAGGAUAAAAAGUGCUCGUCUCGGGGACCAGGCCCGCUACCAGUGCAGCGUCAUGAAUACAGCUGGAAAACAGUCCAAGGACUUCAAUCUCAGUGUCCACGUGCCCCCGUCCAUCAAAGGAGGUAACUUAACCACGGAGGUGACAGCGCUGCUGGACACGAUGGUAACUCUGGAGUGUGAAGCGCGUGGGGUGCCGCUUCCCACCAUCACCUGGUACCGAAAAGGAGAGGCCAUCCUGUCGAACCGUCAGGCUCAGUAUGUGGAGCGAGGCCACUACCUGAAGAUCCCUCGGGCGCAGGCAGCCGACGCCGGACAGUACACCUGCAAGGUGACCAGCGUUGCUGGGAGCGCCGAGAAGAGCUACGAGCUGGACGUCUACUUGCCCCCCACCAUUACAGGAGGGGAUGAUGGGCCCGCUGAGAGGAAGGUGGUCCUCAGUAAGCCCCUGGUCCUGGAGUGUGAGGCGGGGGGACACCCUCCGCCCUCCCUCACCUGGCUGAAGGACGGGGUCCCUGUGCGCGAUGGAGAAAGUGUCCGUGUGCUGGAGCAGGGCAGGAAGAUAGAGCUCCUCUCAGCCGCCGUCUCAGACUCAGGACGCUACGUCUGUGUGGCUACGAGCAUCGCCGGGGAGAAGGAGGUCAAAUACGACGUCAGAGUCUUAGUUCCCCCUUUCAUCGACGGAGCUGAUGACGUGACAGAAAGCACAGUGAUAAUCAACAGCCCUCUGGAGCUGGAGUGUCAGGCUACUGGAACACCUGCACCUUCAAUCACGUGGUACAAGGAUGGAAAGCCAGUGAGACAGGGUGAAGGGUUGCGGGUUGCAGCUAGCGGGCGACGGCUGGUUGUUUCCCGCGCUCAGGUUUCUGACACAGCUCGCUUUCAGUGUGUGGCCACGAAUGAGGCAGGAGACCACGAGAGGGACUUCAACGUGGUGGUCCAAGUUCCUCCAUCCAUUCGCACCACUGGGCCUGCAGAACGUUCAGUGGUUCUCCAUAAGUCCACCAGUCUGGAGUGCAUCUCCAGCGGCAUCCCUCCUCCCAGCAUCACCUGGCUCAAAGAUGGCCGACCUGUCGACACAACAAAGGAGCACCUAAAGCUGGAGUCUGCAGGCAGAACACUAAAGAUCACAGAGGCAAGACUGGAGGAUUCUGGGAGAUACACCUGUCUGGCCACCAACGCAGCUGGUGAAGCUCAGCAGCACAUACGACUCAGUGUCCAUGAGCCUCCCAGUAUCCCCUCCUCUGGAGACAUCAUCAACCAGACCAUCCUGUCAGGCUUUCCCACCGAGCUCGAGUGCAAGGCCACAGGCAGCCCAUUACCUGCCAUCACCUGGUACAAAGAUGGCCGACCUCUGACCAGUGCAGCCGGCGUGACGAUGCUGAAGCGCGGUCAGGUGCUGGAGAUCGAACGGGCACAGCUGUCUGACGCUGGGGUGUACAGAUGUGUAGCCGUCAACCUGGCCGGAGUCGCUGAGUUAUCUCACAGCCUGCAGGUGUUUGUGCCUCCGAUCAUCUCCAGCCGAGGUGGUACGGUAACGGUCGUGGUGAACGAGGCUGCCAGGCUCCAGUGCGAGGCCACUGGUGUCCCCCUGCCCAGUCUGACGUGGCUCAAAGAUGGCAGCCCUGUGGCGAGCGUUUCACACGGCAUACAGGUGUUGUCUGGAGGCAGAGUUCUGUCUCUGAACAGUGCUCAGGUGAGUGAUACAGGCAGAUACACCUGUGUGGCCGUCAACGCCGGAGGAGAGCAGCACAAAGAGUACGACUUGAGGGUCUAUGUGCCGCCUAACAUCAAGGGCGAGGAGGUGAACGCUACGGUGAUGUUCGGUCGUCCGGUGGAGCUGCACUGCCAGAGUGAUGCAAUCCCUCCACCUACCCUCGCCUGGCGCAAAGAUGGCCGCCCACUGUUUAGGAAGCCUGGUCUGACCGUGUCAGCAGAUGGAAGUCUGGUCAAGGUCGACAGCGCCCAGGUGCAGGAUUCGGGCAGGUAUACCUGUGAAGCCACCAAUGUCGCCGGCAAAACAGAGAAGAACUACAACCUCAAUGUCUGGGUUUCUCCCAGCAUCCGCGGCUCAGAGGAGGUGUCUCCGCUGACAGUGAUCGAAGGAAGUCUCAUCACUCUGGUGUGUGAGUCCAGCGGCAUCCCGCCGCCCAGCCUGACGUGGAGGAAGGACGGGUCUGAACUCAAGUCGGAUCAGCGGCUCAGGGUUUUGUCAGGAGGUCGUCAGCUGCAGAUCUCCAGCGCUGAGAGGGCAGAUUCUGCUUCUUACACCUGCACAGCCUCCAGUGCAGCUGGAACCACCUCCAAAGAGUACAGCCUGCAGGUUUACGUCCGCCCUUCUAUCAGUCGCAGUGACGGCGACACAGAUGACGUCACAGUGACGAAGGGAGGUGAUGUGACUCUGCAGUGCGCUGCAGAGGGCGUCCCGCGACCCGCCGUCACGUGGCUGAAAGACGGACGACCUAUCACGGGCCAGCACGGCGCCAAAGUCCUGAACGAGGGCCGGCUGUUGCAGAUUAAAGACGCAAAAGUGUCAGACACGGGACGCUACACCUGUAUCGCCAUUAAUGUGGCAGGACAGGCUGACAGCAAGCAUGACGUCAGUGUACACGUCCCACCCAGAAUCAUUGGUCAGGUACAGUUUCCAGAAAAUGUGAGUGUUGUGGUGAAGAACCCAAUCGCUCUGAGCUGCGAGGCCUCUGGCAUCCCUCUUCCUGCCAUCUCCUGGCUGAAGGAUGGUCGGCCGAUUAAAGCGACUACUUCGGUGCGCAUCCUCUCAGGGGGUCGCAGCCUUCGACUGAUGCACGCUGCAGUGGAGGAUUCUGGGAGGUACACGUGCAUCGUCUCUAACAGCGCUGGAGAGGAAAGGAAGAACUUUGACCUCGACAUCCUCGUUCCACCGAGCAUUGUGGAGGAGGGAACUGUGGUGGAUACUAAAGUAAAGGAGAAACACAACAUCACGCUCACCUGCGAGGCAUCAGGUAAUCCUGUACCAGAGAUUAAAUGGCUGAAGGAUGGGCAGCUGUUGGUGCCUGACAGACGCCACCAAGUUCUGUCUCACGGCCGUUUUCUUCAGAUCUCCGGGGCCCAGGUUGCAGACACCGGCAGGUACAGCUGCCUGGCGUCCAACAGCGCAGGAGACCGCAGCCGGCAUUUCAACCUCAACGUCCUGGUUUCUCCCACCAUCGCCGGGUCAGGCCCGGACAUCUCUGCAGAGGAGGUGACCGUCACCCUGAGCAGCCCCACCUCACUGGUGUGUGAGGUCCAGUCUUACCCUCCUGCUCUGAUCACCUGGCUCAAGGACGGCACUCCGUUUGAAUCCAGCCGCAACGUUCGAGUCCUUCCGGGUGGACGAACGCUGCAGAUCCUCAAUGCUAAAGAGGAGGAUGCUGGGAGGUACACCUGUGUGGCCACGAAUGAGGCUGGAGAGACACUGAAGCACUAUGAGGUCAAAGUUUAUGUUCCUCCACAGAUUAAUAAGAAUGACAUCCCUGGAGAAGGACUGGCUCCUAAAGAGGUGAAGAUCAAGAUCAACAGCACCCUGACCCUGGAGUGUGUUGCUCAGGCGUUUCCUACUCCAGCUCUGCAGUGGUACAAGGAUGGACAGAUCCUGCGGACAGACCACCACGUGUCCAUCACAGCCAACGGUCGUAUCGUUCAGAUCAAACACGCUCAGGUGUCCGACACCGGCCGCUACACCUGCAUAGCAACCAACAUAGCUGGAGAGGAUGAGAAGGACUUUGAUGUAAAUAUACAAGUCCCACCUAAUUUCAACAGGCCUGGUGGAGACGGUGAUACCACGUCUCCUCCGGGCUUCGGAGGAGAUGUUCGGGAUGUGAUACUGAACAAUCCCGUCUCUCUGUACUGUGAGACCAACGCCGUCCCUCCUCCGACGCUCACCUGGUAUAAAGAUGGACAGCUGCUAACCUCUAACGACAAAGUUCUGAUCCUGCCAGGUGGGCGAGUGUUACAGAUACCCAGGGCCCAGGCUGAGGACUCGGGCAGGUACACAUGUGUGGCUGUCAACGAAGCAGGAGAAGACUCCAUCCAGUAUGAUGUUAGAGUGUUAUUACCUCCGACCAUACGGGGAACAGACAGCGACUUGCCUGAUGAAGUCACAGUCCUGGUGAACAAAACCACCCAACUGGACUGUCAUGUGGAUGGAAAUCCCGCCCCCAAGAUCACCUGGUUUAAAGACAGCCAGCUCAUCAGCUCUAAUGGUCCACACAGAAUUCUGACCAAUGGGCGAACUCUUCAGGUGUUGACUGCCCAGGUGUCUGACACCGGGCGCUACGUGUGUGUGGCCGACAACGUGGCUGGAAGUGCAGAAAAAUCCUUUAAUCUCAAUGUUCAUGUACCUCCCACCAUCAUCGGCCUGAGUCCUGAGAAUGUGACAGUGGUGGUGAACAACUUCGUGUCUCUUUCUUGUGAAGCUACUGGUUUCCCUCCUCCCACGCUGAGCUGGUUAAAUGACAGGGGACCCAUUCUGGCCAACACCAAUGCACUCAUCAUGCCAGGUGGACGUACUUUGCAGAUUCUAAAAGCAAAAGUUUCAGAUGGAGGGAAGUACAGCUGUGUGGCCAUGAAUGCAGCAGGAGAGGCUUAUAAACACAUCUAUCUCACCGUGUUCGUUCCUCCCAGCAUCCGGGACAACAGCGGGGACUCUCCUGUGGUGGUGAACGUCCUUGUCGGGAAAUCGGUGACUCUGGAGUGUGAAUCCAAUGCUGUGCCUCCUCCAACCAUCACCUGGUACAAGAACGGCAGAGUGGUGACCGAAUCAGCCAACCUGCACAUCCUGGCAGAGGGACGGCUCCUCCAGAUCAAAGGCUCAGAGGUGUCUGAUACCGGACAGUAUGUUUGCAUGGCCACCAAUGUGGCUGGACAAGUGGACAAGAACUUCCACUUGAACAUCUACGUUCCUCCUGGCAUCGAUGGCCCAGCAGAGGAGAGCGUUUUGGAAACCAUCAGCAAUCCGGUCACGUUUGCCUGCGAUGCUACUGGAAUCCCUCCACCCAGUCUCACUUGGCUGAAAAAUGGGCGUCCAAUAGAGAACUCAGAGUCUCUGGAGAUGCACAUCUUCUCAGGAGGUAGCAAACUGCAGAUUGCACGGUCGCAGCUUUCUGACAGCGGAACGUACACGUGUGUGGCCUCCAAUGUGGAGGGCAAAGCACACAAGAGCUACCACCUCACCAUACAAGUCCCUCCCAGUAUCUCUGGAUCAGAGAUGCCCAGUGACAUGGGAGUCCUGCUCAAUGAAAGCAUCCAGCUCAUCUGUCGGGCUCAGGGAACCCCGACUCCAAGCAUCCAGUGGCUGAAGGACGGGGAAGUCAUCACCAGUGUGGAAAGCAAAGGGCUCAGGAUCAGUCCAGAUGGCAGCAGGCUCACCGUGACUGGAGCUCACACCACCGACAGCGGCAAAUACACCUGCGUGGCCACCAAUGCUGCAGGAGAGGAGGACAGGAUAUUUAAUCUGAACGUCUACGUGCCUCCUGCGAUAGACGGCAACAGAGGGACCGUCGAGGAACUGAUCACGGUUCUGGACAGUUCUGUCAACAUCGAGUGCGUUGCUACCGGCUCUCCUCUGCCUCAGCUCAACUGGCUGAGAAAUGGCCUCCCGCUGCCAGUUUCCUCCCACAUCCGACUCCUCUCUGCGGGACAGGUGCUCCGGAUUUCACGAAUCCAGGUGUCUGACGGUGGAAGUUACACCUGUGUCGCAUCAAACAGGGCAGGAGUGGACAACAGACAUUAUAACCUGCAGGUGCACGUCCCUCCCAGCCUGGAUGGAGCAGGCAGCACGGAGGACGUGACCGUGGUCAGAGGAAACUUGGCGUCUCUGCUGUGUGUCGCUGAUGGGACUCCAACUCCCAUCGUUUCCUGGUUCAAAGACGGAGCGACACUCGUCCCUGACGGCCACCUCGUUCUCCUCAACCUGAAUACCACCCUACAGAUUCCCCAGGCCCGAGUCAACGACACAGGACGCUACACCUGCAUGGCCAACAACACUGCUGGUCAAGCCAGCCGUCACUUCAACAUGAAAGUUCUGGAUCCUCCACGCAUCGAGGGCUCUGGUGUGCCGGCAGAAGUGUCUGUGGUGGUUAAUAAUGUCCUGGAGCUCCAGUGUGAGGCCACAGGCAUCCCGACACCCUCACUGACCUGGCUGAAGGACGGACGCCCACUUCCACAGACGGACAGCCUGCGCCUCCUCCGGGGAGGAGAGGUGCUCCGUGUGGCCUCGGCACAGUUGGAGGACACAGGCAGAUACAGCUGCUUGGCCAACAGUCCGGCAGGAGAUGAUGAUAAGGAGUUCCUGGUUCGAGUGCAUGUUCCCCCGAACAUUGCGGGAGAGAGCUCACCUCAGGAUGUGUCGGUGCUGCAGAGCAGACAGGCGACUCUGGAGUGUAGGUCUGAUGCUGUUCCACCUCCGACUGUGACCUGGCUCAAAGACGGACAACCGCUGCAGGCCUCAGCUCGAGUGCGUGUUCUGUCUGGUGGCCGAUACUUACAGAUCAACAUGGCAGAGCUCAGCGACACAGCUCAGUACACCUGUGUGGCGAGUAACGUCGCCGGCAAGACCACGCGCCAGUUCAACCUGGCCGUCAACGUGGCCCCGACUAUAAAAGAUGGCUCCCAGGCGGUGUCAGUGCACAUCAACAAGCCAGCAGUGCUUGAAUGUGUGGUGAGUGGAGUCCCACCACCUCGGGUCACCUGGAGGAAACACGGUGCAGUAUUGGCGGGAAACAAUCCCAGGUACACGUUUGCAGAGGACGGCUCUUUACGCAUUCACUCUGCCCAGGUGACCGACACUGGUCGCUACCUGUGUAUGGCAACAAAUCAGGCUGGGACGCAACGCAAGAGAGUAGAUCUGCAAGUAUAUGUGCCUCCUUCCAUCGCUGACAGUCGCACCAAUGUGACGGUUAUAGUCAACGUUCAGACCACCCUGUCCUGUGAGGCCACCGGCAUACCCAAACCCACUGUGAGCUGGAGAAAGAAUGGUCGAACCAUCAAUACUGACCAGAACCAGAAUAUGUACAGAUUACUGUCGUCAGGCUCUCUGGUCGUUAUCGCGCCCACAGUGGAGGACACUGCAGUGUACGAGUGUGUGGUCUCUAAUGAGGCAGGAGAAGACUCCAGAUCUGUCAAUCUCACUGUCCACGUUCCUCCAUCUAUAGCAGAUGAACCCACAGAGCUGGUUGUAACCAGACUGUCCCCGGUGGUCAUUGCUUGUACUGCGUCUGGUGUCCCUGAGCCCACAAUCCACUGGAGCAAAGAUGGCAUGAAGCUCCAUCAAACAGGACCUGGAUACAGCAUCCUGCCAACAGGUCAGAUAGAGAUCACGUCAGCCGAGCUCACUCAUUCUGGACGCUACUCGUGCACGGCGAGGAACGCUGCAGGCUCCACCCACCGCCACGUGCAGCUCACAGUGCAGGAGCUCCCAGUGAUCCAGUCUCAUCCAUCCACCCUGGAUGUGAUCCUCAACAACCCCACCACUCUGCCCUGCAGGGCCACAGGCUCCCCCAGACCCACCAUCACCUGGCAGAAGGAGGGCAUCAACAUACUCACCACAGGUGGUAGCUUCACGGUGCUACCUAAUGGAAGUCUGCAGAUCUCCAAGGCCUCUUUGUCAGACUCUGGAACGUACAUUUGUGUGGCCCAGAACCCUGCAGGCACUGCGCUGGGCAAAACCAAACUCAGAGUACAAGUCCCUCCGGCGAUCAGCUCAGAGACUCAGAGAUACCUGGCACCCGUGGACUCCUCCGUGACGCUGCAGUGCCAGGCUGAAGGCUCCCCUCCCCCCUCCGUCACAUGGCAUAAAGACGGGCAGCAGCUGAGUGAAUCCGUCCGUCGGCGGGUCCUCAGUUCAGGAUCCCUGCAGAUGGCCUUCAUUCAGCCCAGCGAUGCUGGACGAUACACCUGCACUGCUGCCAACGCAGCGGGAACGGUCAGCCUGGAGAUGAGCCUGACUGUCCAGAUUCCUCCCUCCAUCCGUGGUGGAGAGCAGGAGGUUGCGGUGGUGGAAAACAGUCAGACCCAGCUGGUGUGUUUGGCCGACGGCGUCCCUCAGCCCACGCUGUCCUGGGAAAAAGAUGGCAAUCCACUGACUGACAGUGCGGGAGAGUACACCAUCCUGCCCUCUGGGGAGCUCGUUAUUGACAUCACUCAGCCCGAGGAUGCAGGCAGCUACACCUGCGUUGCCACUAACUCGGUGGGGCAGGACAGCUGGACGGUGAGUCUGUCGGUUCACACUCACCCCAUCUUCACUGAGCUGCUCGGAGAUGUUGCCCUCAACAAGGGAGAGCGCCUCCUGCUGGCCUGUGGGGUCAGUGGCAUCCCGCUGCCCAGAAUCACAUGGGCCUUCAACAACAACGUCAUCCCAGUUCACUACGAUCACAUGAACGGUCACAGUGAGCUGGUGAUAGAGAGAGUGAGCAAAGACGACUCCGGCACCUACACCUGCGUAGCUGAAAACAGCUUAGGAACCAUCAAGUCACUGGGCUUCGUCUAUGUUAAAGAGCCUCCUAUCAUUGAUGGAGACCUUCACUCCAACCGUAUCGAACCUCUGGGUGGUAACGCCAUCCUGAACUGUGAGGUACGAGGAGACCCGCUGCCCACCAUCCGAUGGAGCAAAAACGGAAUAAAUAUCCUGAUCAGCAACAGGAUCCGUCAGCUGGACAACGGCUCUCUGGCCAUCUAUGGCACAGUGAGUGAAGAUGCAGGAAACUACAUGUGUGUGGCGACAAACGAUGCCGGGGUGGUGGAGAGAAGCGUCACUCUUACCUUGCAGAGUGCACCCACCAUCACUGUGGAGCCGGUGGAGACAGUAGUAGAUGCCGGGACUACCUUUGUGCUCAACUGUCAGGCAGAAGGCGAGCCUACCCCCAUGAUAGAAUGGUCCCGGCAGGGGCGCCCCCUACUGGGCAACGACCGCCUCUCCACCCUGUCCAAUGGUUCCCUCAGAAUCAGCAGCGCGCAGAAGGAGGACACGGCUGAAUAUGAAUGUGUGGCCAGAAACUUGCUCGGAUCAGUGCUGGUCAGGGUGACUCUUACUGUCCGAGUCCAUGGAGGCUACUCAGAGUGGGCAGAGUGGGCUCCUUGCAGUGUUUCCUGCGGCGUCGGGGCUCAGAAGAGGCUGAGGCAGUGUAACAAUCCUUUACCUGCCAACGGAGGGCGACACUGUGCAGGAUCAGACGCAGAGACACGCCGUUGUCAAGGGAAACCCUGUCCAGUGGAUGGUAGCUGGUCAGAGUGGACUCUCUGGGAGGAGUGUUCACGUAGCUGUGGCCAGGGCAACAGAACCAGGGUUCGAACCUGCAGUAACCCUCCAGCCCAGCAUGGAGGCAGGCCAUGUGAGGGGAAGGCAGUGGAGGUCAUCAUGUGCAGCGUUAGACCAUGUCCAGUGGCAGGUAACUGGGGUUCUUGGCUACCGUGGAGCCCGUGCAGCGAGACUUGUGGUAAAGGCAUGCAGUCCAGGAUCCGGCUGUGCAACAACCCCCCUCCAGCAUUCGACGGGCCGCAGUGUGAGGGCACAGACACCCAAACACAAGUGUGCAAGGAGAGACCUUGUCCUGUGGAUGGAAAGUGGUCGUCCUGGGUGAGCUGGGGAGCCUGCAGUGUUUCCUGUGGGGGCGGGACCAGACAGAGGACCCGCCUCUGCGCCAGCCCCGCCCCUCAGCACGGUGGCCGGCAGUGUGAGGGCAACGAUGUGCACAUUGACUUCUGCAACAGCGACCCCUGCCCUAGUGAGAUCCUGAGGAUGACCCACAUUGCCAGGGGCCUGGACUCUGAUGGAGCGCUGCUUUUGGACAUUGUAGUGAACGGACACAUCUUACAGCUGCCUUCACAAGCUGACAUCAGCAUCAAGGACUACACAGAGGAUUACAUCCAGACGGGUCCUGGGCAGCUGUACGCUCUGUCCACCCGAAUGUUCAGCAUCGACAAGGAGAGCGUGCCCUACUCCUGGAACCACACCAUCUCCUACGACCUGUCCAGAGGGAAGAUGCCUUACCUGGUGGAGAUGCUGCAGGCCACAGCCAUCAGUGCUCACUACAACCCACUGGAGGAGGUGUUGGAGUACAGCAUCCAAGCUAGCAUCACUAAGGGUGAUCGCAGUAACCAGUGUCCUCAUGGAUUCACUCUGGUGUCUGCAGGCCCUUACUGUGCAGAUGAGAACGAAUGUGAGGUUGGGAACCCCUGUUCUCACGCCUGCCACAACGCCAUGGGCACCUACUACUGCUCCUGCCCCCGAGGCCUCACCAUCUCAGCUGACGGCAGGACCUGUCAGGACAUUGAUGAAUGCUCACUGGGUGGGAACGUGUGCCACGAUGGACAAGACUGCGAGAACACCAUCGGCUCGUACAGAUGCGUCAUGCGCUGUGGCCGAGGCUUCAGGAGAACAGCUGAUGGUCUCAGCUGCACAGAUGUGAACGAGUGUCAGGAGUCCAAUCCAUGUAAUCAACACUGUUUGAAUACCAUCGGUAGUUACCGCUGUGCCUGUGAGCCAGGCUUCCAACUCAGGAACCGACGCUGUAUCGAUAUAAAUGAGUGCAGACAGAGGGUUUGUCGUUCGGAUCAGCAGUGCAAAAACACACGGGGCGGUUACACCUGCAUUGACCUGUGUCCCAGUGGAAUGACCAAAGGUGGGAAUGGAACAUGUGUAGACAUCGAUGAGUGCAGAGACGGCACCCAUCAGUGCCGAUACAACCAGAUCUGUGAGAACACCAGAGGCAGCUACCACUGCACCUGUCCACGAGGCUUCAGGUCUCAGGGAGUAGGACGGCCCUGUGUUGACAUAAAUGAGUGUGAGCGGCUUCCUCAGCCUUGCGCCCACCAGUGCAUCAACACUCCCGGCAGCUUCAAGUGCACCUGCCCGCCGGGCCGCCACCUGCUGGGGGAUGGCAAAUCCUGCGCUGGGCUGGAGCGGCUGCCCAGCUAUGAAAGUUACUCAUACGGCUACCGUACGUCUCAGUCCUCCCCUGAGCGCAGCGCCAACCAGCGGCUCUACCACAACCUGGCCUCUCACAGCUACCACUCCUACGCAGCCACCACAAGGGGGCGCUACAGGAGCCGUAGCCGCAGAGACACUCGCACACACUCCUCACAUCAGGGCCUCCUGGCUUGUCAGCAGGGCUUUGAGCCCAAGGGUGGCCGCUGCUUAGACAUUAAUGAGUGUGAAGUGAGAGACGCCUGUCAGCAUGAGUGCAUGAACACACCAGGAAGCCACCGGUGUCUGUGUCCGGCCGGGUACCGCCUCAUGGCCAACGGCAAGACGUGUCAAGACGUAGACGAGUGUCUGGAGCAGAACAUCCAGUGUGGAGCGAACCGGAUGUGCUUCAACAUGAGAGGAAGUUACCAGUGCAUCGACACGCCCUGUCCACCAAACUACCAGAGGGAUCCGGCCACAGGGUUCUGCUUGAAGAACUGCCCACCAAACGACCUGGAAUGUGCGCUGAGUCCUUACGCUCUGGAGUACAAGCUGCUGUCUCUUCCCUUUGGCAUCGCGGCCAACCAGGACCUGAUCCGGCUGGUGGCCUACACCCAGGACGGCGUGAUGCACCCCAGGACCAGCUUCCUGGUGGUGGACGAGGACGUCACGUUGCCUUUUGCCCUGCGGGACGAGAACCUGAAGGGGGUGCUGUUCACCACGCGGGCGCUACGAGAGCCCCACACGUACCGCAUGAAGGUCCGAGCCCUGUCCUACAGCGAAGACGGAGGCAUCGAGUACCAGACCACCUUCAUCGUCUACAUCGCCGUCUCUGCCUACCCCUACUGAGAGCACUUUGAACGACCCGAGACAAAAGGUGUGGGGAUGAAUCUCCACAUGCAGCUCCGCUAAGAGAGUGACGUGGUGCAAGGUGUGGUUUUGGACAAGUAACCACAUCGGCAACCAGACUGAAAUAAAAAAAGACAUAUUGAGUGUGUGAGCGAGGUCGGUGGGUGCAUGGAGGCCUGAAGAUGUUCGGAAGUAGAGUUAAAGUGAAUCUAAAACAGGCUGCUGUAGGAUAAGAGGAGAAAACUUGGAUCAAACUGGCUUGUUUUUUGGCUUUAAUCUCUGGAAACCUCACUUCAGUCUGUCACGAUUAUCAAAAUGCUUGAUGUUUUGUUUUGUUCAUUUCCCCGCCCCCCUUCAAAUUUAUUUAUAUGACUAAUUAGAUGUGACUCCUCAAACCCGAAACGCCCCCUACUGGCUCCGAAAGUAGGCUACAACCCUUUUUACUUGUCUUUUAUUUACAUCUACCUAUUAUUAACUUAUUGGGAAGUGCUUGAACAUGAAAAAUGGGCAGUUCCCACCUUUGUUUAGCCCUUGUGUCAUCAAAUACCAGAGUGGAGGUGUGACUGUUCAGAUGUGGUGCUCGUAUUGGCUAAAAGUAAACUUCACUGUCACAUAUUCUGCAUCCUCAGGUAGUGGCCCAUCAUCGUACACACAAGUGCCUCAGAUUAAAACAAACCCCGUCAGUUGAUGCUCUGAAUACUUCCAGCUAUAACGCUCCACCUGAUAGCUGAUGCCGAGAUGUAUUUUAUUUUUUUGACUUGUACAUACGUGUUGUUUUCUCAUAAUGUAAUUCCAUACUUGUACUUACUGUAUCCAUUUUGUAAUAAAAAGAAAAUGUAAUAAAUGAAUACACUGAAA